AUUAAGCGUUCGAAGCACCAUUAACUUGUGUAUGACAAUUUAUCAUAAACAACAUCAUUUAAACACUGUAGUGUUGUAUUGUAACAUGUUAAUAUCUGGGAAAUUCGUAUUUUCCGUUCUCCAUAUCACUGUUCUUAGUAUAACAGUUGCAAUAAGCUUAUGUUACGGAGUUCCUGACUCGUGGAUAUGUUCACCGUCAACGGACAAUCAUGUUAUUCAAUUGCGCUUGGAAACAAACAGCUGGCUGAACGCUUUGGAAAAUCAGGUUAAACAAUUGCAAAAGCUAAUCCAGGAAGAGAAAUACAAGAAAUUUACCACUAUUGAGGGCUUUCCAAGAGAUUGUGAAGAAAUUUACGCUAACGGCACUCAAAUUGAUGGAAUAUACGCUGUUUCCCCUGACGGCAGGUGUCCAUUCUUUGUGUACUGUGACAUGACGAACGGUGGCUGGACUGUAAUACAGCGACGCGUUGAUGGAAGUACAAGUUUUUAUCGAAAAUGGAACGAGUAUGUCACUGGAUUUGGAGAACUUGACGACUCCCACUGGCUCGGCCUGGAAAGGAUCCACCGUUUAACAAAUGAUGGAAGUCAAAUUUUCUUUGAUAUCGAAAACUACGAUGGUUCUAAAGACUUUGCUCACUAUAAGGUAUUCACAGUGCAUGGAGCAUCAACAACAUAUACAAUGAACGUUGAUCCAUUUGGAUACAAGGGAACAAUCAGUGAGUUAUUAAGCUAUCACAAUAAUUUUAAGUUCUCGACAUACGACAGAGACAAUGAUGGACACUCUGGAAACUGUUGUAAAGACAGUCUCGAUGGGGGAGGAUGGUGGUACAGUUCUUGUUACAGGCUGGGGAACGUCAAUGGCGUCUAUGGUAAACAAGAGACAGGAGGAAUCGGGUACUGGACAACAAAGAAUAUUCCGAUCAAAAACAUUACCAUUAAAGUGAAAAGGAUGGAUGGCGUAUGUUAGGAAAUCGCUUUGUUUACAUUGUGUGUUACGUUUUAUUUCGUUUUCAUUUAUAGCAAGGAAACAAAUACAGAAAGUUUUUAAUGUUUUUCACAUGUAUAUGUUUUGAAACAGCAACAAAUGAGCCGCACCAUGAGAAAACCAAUAUAGUGCGUUUGCGACCAGCCUGCGCAUCCGCCUAACUGUAUUUACAAAUCACGGCAUGCAUUCUAAUAAAGCCGCAUAUUAAGAUGAUAUUUAAAUGUCAUAUUAGCACACAAUAGCUAUAGAUAGCACAGUUUGAUAAGCAUGAUAAGAGAAAGUUUUUACUAUGCCUAUUUGUUUUCAAAUUCUUUUAUCGGCAUUUAAACAAGAAUUUUGUACGAUAACGAUAUUAUAUAGAAUAUCUGGAUUUUCAAUAUUUUUGUGAAUGAAACAGUUUAAUAAUUCAAUUAGAAAACAAACACGGUAAAUCAUUGUUGUUCCCAAAUAUUUGUUUGGGGCAAGUUAGAUUUGCCCAUAUCUAUCCCAGUGUUCGUCCGUCUGAAUUGUGUUGAUUAUAUCUCAAAAUGUAAUUGACCUAGAGUCAUAAAAACCUAGGAUUUCUAAUAUGUAUGUGAAGUUGUGCAUGCGGAAUUUUGCUUUUGAUUUAACAUAGUCAGAUCAGAAUUAUAACCCUUGACAAAGGGUUAAAAGUUACACAUUUAAAGGCUUAAAAGUGUGCAUGGCAUGUAUUCCAAAACGAAUUUUAUUUUGAGUCAUUAUACCUAGUAGGAAUAUUAUUCGGUAAAAUUGUACACUUUGGGUUUAGCAUCGGGUUUCACUAUGCAAGUCCAGAGUUACAAAUUCACGGCUCUUGACAUAGUCUUGAAGAAGUUUAAAUGGCAGCUUAUAAUAUUUUCUUACACGCAUCCCUACAAGAAACAUUCUUUGUGUUAUUAAACAUUAGAAAUUAACUAGACUAGAGUUAUGCUUCUUGCCUUCAUAGAGACAAAUAAUGCGUAAAGGCUAUAAAAGAUUCAAACACAUUUAUCUCACAAAUGUUUGAGCUAGAGUCAUCAGAAACCAUAUAGGAAUAUUUUUCAGCAUGUGAUUUUGUUCACCUUAGUUUUAUGGGAUUUAACUCUGCAUGAAUUAAAUGCAUUUUGUUCAUGAUGUACAGUUGUGUACCUUGGGUUUUGUUGGAAGUUAACACUUUCUGCUCUAUUAACUGGCCUCCAUCCUGUUUAAGCUCUAAUACUUAUAGUUUCUAUGCUUCGUAGAAUCAAGGUACUCAUCUAUCCCAACGCCGUUCCUAUGACGACUUUUAAGAUAAUGUUUCUUUAUUCAAUUCCUUUAAUCUUAUUUUCCACUUGAGACAAGGAAAAAUGAUAAAUACUGCACAGCCUACCUAGUAACAUUACACAUCUAACUGUCUCUGCUUAAACCAGUCUUAUCUUAUUAACAGACACAAUUAUACUAGUAUAUUUCCAGACUGGAAAAGAUACCAUAUGGCUAGUUAAUAAGAAUGUAUAAAACUGACUUAGAGGUAAAUGACGAUUUCUUCAUAACGCAUUUGUAGGCAAAUGCGGCUGCUUAUUUUGACCCUAAAACCAUAAUUCACAUAAGUUCCUAUAUAAGUCUAGUCGCGUAUAAUGCAUAUACAAAUUACUAAUAGUAAUGUUGCACAUGGUCGUAUCUUCAAUGAAAUGGAAAUAUAUCGUCACUAAUCCAAUACAUUCAAAUAACCUUUUUUCUGAACAUUCGUUACACUUUACUCAGAAAUCCCUUACUACAUAAAGCUGUCAUAUCAAUAUUACGAAUUAUUAUCAGGAUUAACGUUCUGAAGAAAUUCUCUUAUUAACUUAUUGCAUUGUGUAAAGUCUGAAACAUGGAGACAUAUUUUAACUAUAUUUUCAAAUGUUUACACUGUGUAACAGUUUGAAGAACAGUGCCGAUGUAUGUAGUUGGAUGACGUUGUUCAUUUGGAAUUAAGUCAUCGAUAUGUAAUACAAAACAUUCAUAACCAAAUAAAAUGAAAAGCUUGAA